ACUACUUUAUCCCUUUAAACCAUGCACACGCUGCACUAGUGUAAUUAUUUGCCGUGGAAUGUCAUUCAAUCCACUGCAGCAAAUGAGAAUGAAGAGAGUCCAACCAGUUUUUGCACACUCCUCUACCUUCUCCAACACCAAUCAUCAGUUUCAACUACUGAAUCAACGCCGAUCAGCUAACUAUCAUCCAAGCAUUUGGGACCCUAAGUUCAUUGAGUCACUAAGCACACCAUAUACGUUUGAUUUUGAUGGCGCCAAAUUAGAAGAGUUGAAGGGUGGAGCAAGAAGGUUGCUUGACUCCGCCAAAGAAGACAUUUCCACGCAGUUAAAUUUUAUUGAUUCAAUGCAACGGCUGGGAGUGGCCUACCAUUUUGAGGAAGAGAUCGGAAAAUGUAUUCGUAGUAUAGCUUGUUGGGAUGCUACCUGCAGUGACCUAUACACAACUGCAUUGCGAUUUCGGUUACUAAGAGCACAUGGUUAUUCAAUUAGUUCAGAUGUGUUUGACAAAUUCAGAGAUAGGAGUACAGGGAGAUUCUUGGAAAGCUUAGGGGAUGAUGUGUUGGGUAUAUUGAGUCUGUACGAAGCUUCACAUCUUGGAAAGCAUGGUGAAGAAGAUUUAGAAGAAGCCAUGAAUUUUAGUAUUAAACAUCUCAAGUCAUCAGUUGGGAAGUUGGAGACGAAGCUAGCUGAGCAAGUUCAACGAUCACUGGAAGUUCCCUUACACUGGCGGAUGUCAAGAGCAGAAGCCCGGAACUUCAUCGACGUCUAUUCUGUGGACGAUGCCAGGAGCUCAGUUCUGCUGGAGUUAGCUGAACUGGAUUACAAUCAAGUGCAAUCAGUAUAUCAGAAAGAACUAAAGGAACUUGCAAAGUGGUGGAGAGACUUGGGUUUUAAAGAAAAGCUUGCCUUUUCCCGCGAUCGCUUGAUGGAAAAUUAUUUGUGGGCAAUGGGGCUCAUCUGUGAGCCCCAGUUCUCCAAAUGCCGGAAGGGACUCACUAAAUUUGUGUGCAUAUUGUCCGCCAUCGAUGACAUGUAUGAUAUAUAUGGAUCACUGGAUGAGCUUGAAAGUUUUACUGAUGCAGUGAAUAGAUGGGACAUUAAUGCCAUGGAUGACCUCCCUGAGUACAUGAGGCUAUGUUAUUUGGCCAUGUUCAACUUUGGAAAUGAAAUUGCCUAUGAUGGUUUAAAAGAACAUGGAUUGAAUAUUCUGCCUUACAUUAAAGAAGAGUGGGUAAAUCUUUGUGGAUCAUAUUUGGUAGAAGCGAGGUGGUUCCACACCGGUUACACGCCAACAUUUGACGAGUAUUUGGGAAAUGCGUGGAUUUCAGUGGGUGGUCACGCUGCCAUAGUUCAUGCUUACUUACUGCUAGGCUUCCCGAUAACGAAAAGCUCCAUGGAUUGCUUCAAGCAAGGCUCUCAGACAAUUUACUGGUCAUCUCUCAUUACCCGACUUAGUGAUGAUUUGGGCACUUCCAAGGCUGAGAUGGUGAGAGGGGAUGUCGCGAAAUCAAUUCAAUGUUAUAUGAUCAAAGAAGGCGUAUCCGAAGAGCAAGCACGCGAUCACAUUAAGGAACUAAUUAACUCUUCGUGGAGGAAUCUGAAUGAAGCAAAUUUAAAGAAUUUUAACUCUAAAUCACCCAUAGUAACCAUGUCAUUGAGCAUGGCAAGGACAGCCCUAUGUAUCUUCCAACAUGGGGAUGGUAUCGGUACAUCAGUUGGGGUGACCAAAGAUCUUUUGACCUCACUAAUUGUCACGCCCAUUCCGAUGAUCAACCACUCCAUCGUGAAGUGUUAAUUGCAAUUAGUCGGCUAUAUAAUAUGUGAAAAGGUAUUAAUGCAGAGUCACGAAGUUAUUAAAAUUAAAUAUAUACAUGAAGAUUUGCAUUGUUGUACUAAUUCUAUUUUACAAUUAAAGCUAUUUAAUUAGAUAAACCGGAUUCUUCAUGAAUGAGUAGCAGUGGCAGAAACAUAA